UCUCCAUUUAUCUUUACAUAUUUCCUUCAGAAGUGAUGAGAUUGAGUUUGAGCGUUGGUUGAUUUGUGCACACUCAAGGCCUACAAAAAGAUUUAUAGAGAAUGGAAGGAAAUGCCGGAAACGCGUCUUCGGAGCUUGCAUGGAAUUAUGGGAAUGAGGAUAACACAACCAGAUAUUCCCAACUAUUCAACAACCACUACCUGUCGGAUUUUACAUUCAGAGUAGUCUCGGAAGACACUGUGGUGCCAGGGCAUAAGUUCAUUAUGAGUUUGUGCAGUUGGGACUUUUACAAUAUCUUCAAUUUCGUGAAACUGGACAGCAAUGAGCUGAUUAUUGAGGAUGUAUCUUUGGCAUCAUUUCUGACCUUUUUGGAGUACUGUUACACCAUGAAGAUGAAUUUGAGUGACGACACCACGUUCAAGAAGACUGUAGAAGUCCUCAAGCUUGCCCAGAGAUUCCAUAUGGUACCACUGGUGAAGAUUUGUGAGGAUCACAUCAAGACCAACAUAUCUGAGGUCAACUGCAUGAUGAUUUUCAAGAAUAAGGAUGUACUUUCUCCGGAUUCAGCUGCUUCAAAGGAAAUGAUGAAGAAAAUUGAGGGAUAUUUCUGGUGCAUUAUCCAUGAUCAAAGCAGCCUGGACAUAUUUGUUGAUCUCCCAUUGAAAGAUCUUCAUGAGAUUGCUUGUAAUUCUCUGAUUAAUUGCGAUGAAAUUGAAAUAUUUGACGUACUGAUGAAGUGGGCAAAGAGGAAUUGCGAGAAAAAGAACAUUCAAUCGGAUUCAGCUAAGAAUCUGCGUCUGAUCCUUGGAGAAGUAUUCUACGAGAUUCGCUUUCCCAGCAUGCAAAUUUACACCUUUAGCAAAAUUCUGGCAAAAUAUCCAGGAAUGUUCACACAAAUGGAGAUUUCGAAUAUUUGCAGCUACAUAUGUGAUGGCCUGCAUGCCUCGUCAUCAUCAAAGAGCUGCAUGGGAUUCAAGUGUACUCCAAGGCAUCCGAGGAUUCCAAAUGAAUCAAAUGAAUACAUCUAUUCAAUGAUUCCCUUCGGACUAAGUCUUCCAUCCUUCAAUGAAGUUCCUAAACUGGAUGAACAAUCGUACCUAAUGAGAUGUGAAAUUGAGACUAUUCUACCACGGAAGUUGAUUGGAUUUGCAUUUUUUGCUAAGAAAGAUGAGACGGUAAAUGUAGAAUAUUUCAAAAUCUCCGAGGAGAAUAUUGAAAUAAUUUCAAGCGGAAAAUGCAGGUUCAGUGAGACGUAUGAUUUGAUAAUUUUUCGUUUUAAAAGUGCAGAAGGAGGUAUAUGGGUAAAUUUUUGUGAAUUGGAAUGCAUGUGUGAAACAAUGAUUCCAGCUGUGGAAGGGUCAGGAGUAGGUUAUUUCAACAAUAGAAUAUAUUUAUUUGGGAAUAUAAGUGCUACUAUACCCUAUCUGAUUUUUGAUUUCAAUUGAUUACCACAUAAUUAAUUUCGUACUUUAUUCACUUUAUUCACAAUUAAAACUUCCUAAGAGAAAUUCUAGAAAAAAAAAUCCAUGUAAAAUAUCAUUUUGUAAUAAAGAAAUAUGAAUAAAAAUUUAU